CUAGUCAGUAUAAAUUAUAUAACAUAUUUCCUUCAUUUUUAAUUCGUUAGAAUCAUAGAAAUAUAAUAUUUUUAAAUAUAUGUAUUUAACUAAUCGCCAAUACGGCUACAUAUUAUAACAAAAAAAUAUGAAAUUAAUUGGCUGAAUAUUUUCAAAUAAUAGUAUUAAAAACGAAGAAUGUUUAUAAUUUUUUUGUUAGGUUAAUAUUAACACAAAAAAAAUUAAAAUGUUAGCGAAUAUUACAGCAAAAUUACGAAACUGCACUUGUACAGCAAGAAAAUAUGCAACAUCUGCCCUUAGUACCACCGAUAAUAGCACGUCGACGAGCAUAGAACCUAGGACUUUAACGUUUCCACCAAAAUAUCAAGAACCUCGCCAGAUAUGGUUAGAAAGCCUAGAUUCAAUCGAUCAAAGCAAAUUAGGUUUGUUAGAAAUACAUCCCUCAGUAUUUGCUGCACGUCCCAGAAUCGAUGUAAUUCAUCAAAACGUUUCAUGGCAAAAAAUGUACAGAUAUGUUAGUUAUGCCCAUACGAAAUCUAGGUUUGAAGUGCGAGGUGGGGGACGGAAACCUUGGCCCCAAAAAGGACUUGGGAGAGCCAGACAUGGAUCCAUCAGAAGUCCAUUAUGGAGAGGUGGAGGUGUGAUACACGGUCCCAAAUCUCCUACUCCCCAUUUUUACAUGCUCCCGUUUUAUUCACGGUUGUUGGGGCUCACUAGCGCUUUAUCAGUAAAGUUUGCCCAAGACGAUUUACAUAUUGUCGACAGUUUAGAGUUGCCAACUGAAGAAAAGAGUUAUGUGGAAGAAUUAGUUAAAGAGCGAUUGUGGGGACCUUCUGUCUUAUUUGUCGAUGUCAAUGAUGUCUUUCCCAGGAGUAUAACCAUAGCUACAGAUGAAAUUAAACAUAUAAACAUAAUGCCUGCUUACGGUUUGAACGUGUACUCCAUGAUGAAGCAUGAUACUUUGGUUUUAACUAGAGCAGCUUUGGAUCAUAUUGAGAGUAAGAUCCUGGAGCAUUUGCAUAAAAAUGAUACCAGAGCUGUAAUGGCCAAGUUUAAAGUUGAUCAGCAAUAGAUUUAUUUGUGUUAGGUUUAAAUUAAAUAAAAG